AGUGUGGACAACGGCCGCUCUUUGGCAGCAUCUCGGGAUCCCGGAUCGUAGGUGGCCAGGACGCCCUGGUGGGAGCGUGGCCAUGGGCUGUCAGCCUCCAGGUUUACCAAGGCUGUGCAUCGUUUACACACAUCUGUGGUGGAGUUUUACUUAGUAACAACUCAGUACUUACCGCUGGCCACUGCGUUACAGGAAGGAAGGACCCAAAUAAAUGGAGAGCUGUUCUGGGCAUCCAUAACCUUUGGAAACAUGGGCAACACACAGCAAAAAGACGUAUAAGAAGCAUCAUCGUGCACCCAGAAUUCAAGACAGAAACCUUUGAAAAUGAUAUUGCGUUAUUUCAGCUCUAUUCCGCAGUACGCUACAGCGACUACAUUCAGCCUGUCUGCUUACACCUUCACCCCUACAUUGACAAUGAGACCGAAUGCUUUGUUAGUGGCUGGGGACGUACAGCAGAAAAAGGUAAAGUUUCGGCCGUGUUGAAAGAAGCACAAGUGGAUAUCAUUCCUUCUAGCGUCUGUAACGCUUCAGAUGCGUACGCGGGUCUGAUUAACGAGAAAAUGAUUUGUGCUGGCUCUAUGUCAGGAGGCAUCGAUACCUGCCAGGGAGACAGCGGUGGACCUUUAGUGUGCUAUCACCGUGGCACCAACAAAUACUAUCUCAUAGGGAUUUCUAGUUUUGGAUUUGGCUGUGGCCGACCAAAAUUUCCUGGGAUCUAUGUCCGUUUGUCUCCGUACGUGGGAUGGAUCCAUUCUGAGCUGAUGGGUAACAAGGCUGUGACUCCCAUAAGCACUGCGCUCACCACCGCUCUCACUGCGAUGGCUGUAGUACUUGUGUGGACUUUCUGA